AUGGAGCGGGUGUGCGGGUUCACCUUCGAAGGUACCCGUAACAAAGCCCCGGAUUUCGACGCUAAGGCGUGUUGGGCAGAGCUUUCCCCGCAUACCAAAUGGGAUUCCGGCGGGAUGUCGAAUGGGCUCAUCCAGGAUUUAGCUACGGCCGUGGUCCACCGGUUCAUCGGCUACAACAUCACCGGGAAGAAGGAGGCGAACAAGAUAAGCGAGACCGAGCUUUUCCUCCUCUGGGCGAUGCGGGCGGGCGUGCGAGUAUGCUCCAUGACCUUCUUCCAGAACUCUCUUCAGGAAGUGGCACUCAGCCGACGUGGCGUUCCGGCAUUGGGGCACUUUGUCACCGCACUCGCCCGCCAUUUCGGAGUCGACCCAGAGCCGUACAACCUUCACGACAUCAUCUAUCACGAGGACAAGUCUACGAUGCGAUGCAUCAACUUCGCCGAGCUCAAAAAUGCCGACCUCAUCAAGACCCGGACCACAGCCCAGCCAUAUAUGAGUCGUCAGGCCUUCACGUCUUACUUUCAGCGGCUUGGGCAGAGUGUCCCUACUACUGAUCGACCCGGAUCGUCCCGCCAGCCGACUGACACAGACGAGCAUGAGAGGAUGCUCAUGGAUUACAUAAACACUUCCCAUCCAAAUUUCAUUGGUGGUAGUAAAGCUGUAGAGAUGGUAUUGCAAGUGGUCAAGCCAUCCAAGAUAAUAGUAACCAAUGAAAAACAAAAGGUUACUGCAGUUUGGUUUAGUGGUGGUUAA